AUACGACAGAGUUCGCCAGAAAAGAAAGGAAAAAUUGAUAUUGCGCUAAAAUGGCAUACUACACGCUCGUGCGGAAAAAAAUGUUGCCGACUUUAUUCUAGGAUAAGAAAAGUGCAAGGAUCCUGCGCGGAGAGGCGAAAAGAAAAAUAGUCGAUAAGAUAAUUCAUUGUCAAUUGAUCGAAUUCUCUUUGUGAGAGAUGAGGUCGUACGACGGGGAGAGUAGUUCGACGGAGGACGACGACCGAAGAGAAAGUAUACCAUCCGAAGCGCAUUUACAGCAAGGAUCCUGGCAACGUUCCGCGUCUCACCCUACGUGGGCUUGGGAGCAUCGUGCUGCUCACCCAUUGGCCCCACCGUCGGCAGCGUCCCUCGAAUCUAUGUACUCAACCCCGGGAGUAUCUCAUCCGAGUGUUUCCGGUCCACCAACGAGUUACUCGAGCAACGAACACCCAGCAUCGGCAGCAGCGGCAGCAGCAGCGGCAGCUGCUGCACAGGUUGUUCCAGGACGACGAACUCCUUUGGGAGCCGUAGGUCUCGGUGGAUUUUAUUUUCAACAGCAACCGCAACCGCACGCUUCCUCGAGUGCACUGUCCGACGAAAAUAGACCCGAUCACGAGAGACCGGGAGCAUCCAGGCUCAAUUGUCCGCCAAAAUCAAAGACCACGCGUCAAGGGAAAAGCGUCCGUUUGAAUAUAAAUGCGAGGGAACGGAGAAGGAUGCACGAUUUGAACGACGCUCUGGACGAGCUUCGUUCGGUCAUUCCUUAUGCACAUAGUCCGUCCGUAAGGAAACUUUCCAAAAUUGCCACCCUACUCCUGGCCAAAAAUUAUAUUUUGAUGCAGGGAAACGCGCUAGAAGAAUUGAGAAGAGUUAUAGCCGUGUUACAAUCGCCACACGCUCACACCACAGCUUUACCACCCACGCCUGUCUCUUACGAUCUUCUUCAAGGAUUCCCUGGAAAAUUGUUUCAAGGCGUUCAGGAAAUGCAAGGACUUCCUGCGGGUGAUCCACAAGUUGUAACUGCAGGUGGCCCACCCACCGACGCUACCGUUGCCAGCGGAGAAUCGAAUUAAUAUUUUUUUAAACUUUCUCCUCGACUCUUUCAUAGACACAUAUACAUACUUACAUAUAUACAUAAUACAUGCGAUCAUUGAUCAAUCGGGACAGAAUUAUAUAUAUAUAUAUAUAUAUUAUAAAUUAGGUUUCGUUUUGAUAUAUCGAAAUGAUCUUUUGACUCGCGCGAACAAGUUGAUCUCUUUUAGAAUAUAUCCAUUGAAAAAAGUAGCAAUUAUAUAAAUAUAUAUAUAUAUAUAUAGAUAUAAAAUAAUAUAAUGAUAAGAUUACGCGAACGAAAGUAUUAGUCAAUAAGUUUUAUUCGUUAGACGAAUUCUCUAACGUAAAUAAUAUUUCACAGGAGAAAGAUAGAAACAGAGAGAGAGAGAGAGAGAGAGAGAGAGAGAGAGAGAGAGAGAGAGAGAGAGAGAGAAAGGGAGAAGAUCUAUAAUUCCUCUUGAAUUUUGAUCUAGGAGAUGCGAGAAUAAUUUUUCAACGAUGUUCGUUAAAAAAUUGUUAAAGAUUAAUCGAGAGCACAUCGAGGGUUGGAUUAUACUAUCGUUGAUAGCCUUAAGACGAAAGUUAGCGAAAGUAUAUUAAAUAAUUAAGAAUAAGAAGUAUUUUCUAGUCCAUGAAAAAAAUCUAAUCGAGCAAUAAGAUGACGUGCGUGAUUUUGUCUUUUUUUGUCAAGGGAGAGAAAUCAUGCAGGGCGAUAAAAAAAAAGUUUCAAGUCCAGCCUGCAACACGAUAGUCAAUAUAGGAUGUGAUAUAUGUCGAGGUAUUCCAGUCCUAGAGUAUAUAAAGAUAUUAAAUAUUCAUAUACAUACAUAUAUAUACAUAUAAAUAUAAAUAUAAAAAUGCGUAUAAAUAUAUUUAAUAAUUCAAAGGAGCAGUCACACAGUUUACAGCUUAUUUAUAUACGUAAUAUAUUUACUAAGAGUCUCUAUUACAUAUGUAUUAUAUAUUGUGCCAAAGGAUGAAUCUUUUUAUUAAUAUCCUAAAACUAGCGAGCAAUAAUCGAAAAGAAUUCUUGUCUGCGAAUUUGUUAUAGAAAUCUUCAUUAAACGACGUAA